GCUCAUAGACAUCCGGGCUCCAGUCCAACUUCUUGUCGCCAUGCCACCUCAGCCGGAGACGCUGUUGGCGGGCAACGUGGCGGUGUCGCUGGGCCCGGCCCUGCCGAGGAUGGGGCGCCCAUGGCCACGCUGAGCCAUCCCGAGGGCGCCACGUGCCAGGUCUCGCUACCGGGCUGCCGUGUGAUCUCCUGGAAAAGCAGCGCCGGGCCUGAGAGGCUGCCAGAAGGCGGAGCGCUGAUGCCAUGUGGUCUUGAGGGCACUAUCUCCCCCUCAGACUGGACCAUCGAGAGCCUGGUGGGCUUGACGGACGGCUUCCUGUCCUUCUCCGCGUUUGCCGAGGCGAGAACGCCAGAGGGCGUUCCUGUCUGCGCGCGCGCGCUGGUGCAGCUCUGGCGGGAUGGCAUCUCGCUGGGCCUGGAGGUCUCGCACGCUGGGUUUGACGACAUGGAGUGCGAGGAGGACGGUGCACUUCAGGAGGAAGCGCCGGAGCCGAGCGCCAAGCGCAGCCGCAUGCUGCCGCUAAAGCUGCCAGAUGCCGGGCUCCACGGGCUCUUGCGGUGCCAGGGCCCCCCCGUCAUCUCGCAAGAGACGACCGCGGUGGGGAGCGUGAAUCUAGAGCAAGCAGGCGCCCAAGUGGCCACCACCGGCUUCUCGGUCUUGAAGCUCUUGCCAGGACCGGAGAGCCUGCAGUUCAGGGCCUUGGCCCCUGCAGAGGUGGUCCUACGUCCAGGCGAGACCGUCUCGGGGAGCUUCCAGGUCACGGCCAGUUAGACCGCGGUUUCGCAACGGCCGAAAAGGCGCAG